ACGAAAAUGAAAAAAAAAUAAUUAAAAAUUUUUUUUAAUAGAAACUCCUCGUUCUUUGCCUUGGUUGCAAUUGGGACAAAAUUAUUUGGUCCUGAUAUCUUAUCGCUACCGUCAUCGUUUUGUUUCCUGUCCUCACCUGCAAUUGCUUCUUCAACUAAAUCUUUUAUAUUCAUAAAGUAAUCAUAUUCCUUCUCACUGCCAGACACACGUCCAUAUUCAAAGCUUCCAUUUUUUAUUAUCUCAAACAAUCACCAAAAAGAGAAGAAGAAAAGCUUUUAAUGGAGAAAUCUGGGUAUGGAAGAGAUGGCAUUUACAGGUCUUUAAGGCCACCUAUAGUUCUUCCCAAGGAACCAAAUCUUUCCAUGGUGCAAUUUCUCUUCAGAAACGUCUCUUCUUACCCUGACAAACCAGCCCUCAUUGAUGCUGAUUCUGAUGAAACUCUCUCUUUCUCUCAGUUCAAAUCUACCGUCAUCAAGCUCUCCCAUGCUUUUCUCAAUCUGGGUAUCCACAAAAACGACCGAGUCUUGAUCUUUGCACCCAAUUCAAUCCACUUCCCUCUUUGUUUGUUUGCUGUAACCGCAAUUGGUGCCAUUGCGACAACUGCCAACCCCGUUUAUACUGUCAAUGAACUCUCAAAACAAAUCCAGGACUCCAAUCCGAAGCUUGUUGUCACUGUCCCUGAAUUGAUUGACAAAGUUAAAGAUUUCAAGCUCCCUGUAAUCUUGCUUGGUUCUAAACGAAACCAACAACCAUAUGAUCUAAAAAAUGGGCCAAAAAUCCUAUCUUUUCACGAUCUUCUCGAUUUAGCGGGGAAUGUAACGGAAUUUCCCACGGUUUCUGUUAAGCAGACUGAUACAGCAACGCUUUUAUACUCUUCAGGCACGACAGGGGUCAGUAAGGGUGUUGUUUUGACACAUAGAAAUUUCAUUGCGGCGGCUUUGAUGGUGAUCGUGGAUCAAGAACUUGCUGGGGAUAUGCACCGGGUUUUCUUGUGUGUUUUGCCUAUGUUUCAUGUUUUUGGGUUGGCGGUUAUCGUAUAUGGGCAGCUGCAGAAGGGAAAUGCUUUGGUCUCAAUGGCAAAGUUUGACUUUGGGAUGUUUUUGAGGAAUGCAGAGAAGUAUAGAGCAACGCAUUUGUGGGUUGUGCCUCCAAUUGUGCUUGCUAUGGCUAAGCAGAGUGUGGUUAAGAAGUUUGAUCUUUCCUCAGUGAGGCAAAUUGGUUCUGGUGCUGCUCCUCUGGGGAAGGAGUUGAUGGAGGAAUGCGCAAAGAAGUUUCCUCAAGCUGUGGUUAUGCAGGGCUAUGGAAUGACCGAAACUUGUGCCAUUAUUGCAGUGGAGAAUCCCACAGUUGGUGUCCGACAUACUGGUUCAACAGGAAAGCUUGCUUCAAACAUUGAAGCUCAAAUAGUCAGUAUAGAGAGUCUAAAGCCCCUUCCUCCAAAUCAAUUAGGGGAAAUAUGGGUUCGAGGGCCCAAUAUGAUGCAAGGUUACUUCAACAAUCCAGAGGCAACAAAACAGACAAUAGAUGGAAAGGGUUGGGUACAUACCGGAGAUCUUGGAUACUUUGACGAGGAUGGGAAUCUCUAUGUUGUAGAUAGAAUUAAGGAGUUGAUUAAGUGCAAAGGUUUCCAGGUUGCGCCAGCAGAGCUUGAAGGACUACUUUUAUCUCACCCUGAAAUAUUGGAUGCUGUUGUCAUUCCAUAUCCUGAUGCUGAAGCUGGUGAGGUCCCAGUUGCAUACGUUGUUCGCUCACCCAACAGUUCGCUCACUGAAGAAGAUGUUCAAAAUUUUAUUGCUAAACAGGUGGCUCCUUUCAAAAGAUUAAGGAGGGUGACAUUCAUAAGCAGUGUCCCAAAGUCAGCUUCUGGGAAAAUCCUUAGGCGAGAACUUAUAGAGAAAGUACGAUCGAAAAUGUGAAAUUCUAUGAUUCUGUUUUUCACAUAACAGGAAUUCAAACUAGUGGUUAAGAUAAACAUGCCUUUAUAUAUUUUUACAACAAUCUUAUUGUCGUAAAAUUACAAUGAACAACAACUGAUUGUUGCUAAAUUAUCACCACAAUUUGUGACUUUAUGAUUAUCAUCUGCAUGUUCUGGCUAGAGUGGUUUGGGGUGAGAAUUUGGAUUAAAUUUACA